AUGGCCGAGAAGAUUGCUAUCGACAAAAACAAUUUUUUCAAUCACCUGUCCAACCUCUACGUAUCAUGGAAGGCGGAUAAGCGGUCAGGCAAUGCUCUUUUCGGGGGCGCAAGUUCCAUUGUCGUCCUUAUGGGCAAGACUAGAACCGAUGAAAGCGCCUUUCAGAAGAACAAUGCGAUGCACUUCUGGCUCCUUGGCUACGAAUUCCCGGCCACCCUCCUCGUCCUGACCACCGAAGCGAUAUAUGUGGUUACCACCGCCAAAAAAGCGGAGCUUCUUGAGCCUCUGAAAGGUGGGAAGAUUCCGGUGGAACUUUUGGUGACUACCAAAGACCCAGAGUCCAAAACAAAGGCCUUUGAAAAAUGUGUUGAGGUCAUCAAAAACUCCGGGAACAAAGUUGGUACUCUGCCAAAAGAUACCACUUCCGGCCCUUUCGCCGAUGAUUGGAAACGUACCUUCUCGGAAAUUUCCAAGGACGUGGAGGAGGUUGAUAUUACCCCGGCCCUGUCAGCUGCAUUUUCAAUCAAAGACCCAGAGGAACUCGUUUCUAUUCGAAAUGCUUCCAGGGCAUGCAGUGGCCUAAUGUCGGAUUAUUUCGUGGAUGAGAUGUCUCGUCUGCUCGACGAAGAAAAGCAGAUGACACACAAAGCUCUUGCUGGCAAGGUGGAGGCAAAAAUCGACGAUGCCAAAUUUUUCAACAAGCUUGCUCGCCUACCAUCUGAAUUUGAUGCUGAGCAGAUUGACUGGGCUUACGGGCCAGUUGUCCAGAGUGGAGGUACAUAUGACCUCAAAUUAACUGCAACUCCCGAUAGCAAGAACCUCGAAGCCGGGAUUAUUCUAUCCAGCUUUGGCAUUCGCUACAAAACAUAUAACUCUCUCAUCGGUCGCACUUAUCUAGUCGAUCCCAGCAAGUCUCAAGAAGCAAAUUACUCUUUCUUGCUAAGUCUCCAUGAUGCGGUCAUGAAAGAGAUCCGGGAUGGUGCCGUCGUCAAAGAUGUGUACAAUAAGGCCCUCAAUCUCGUGAAGUCCAAAAAGCCAGAGCUUGAAAACCACAUGACCAAAAAUAUCGGUUCAGGAAUUGGCAUUGAGCUCCGGGACUCUAAUAUGGUCUUGAAUGCUAAGAACACCCGAGUUCUAAAGAACGGCAUGACUUUGGCGAUCAGCAUCGGGUUCACUGACGUGAAGGAUGCAUCUUCCAAAGGGAAAGAUGUGUAUUCCAUGGUCAUCACUGACACUGUCCGUGUUGGGGACAGUGGACCUCUUAUCUUCACCAAAGAUGCAGGUAUUGACAUGGACUCUGUUUCGUUCUAUUUCGGCGAUGAUGAAGAACCAGAGAAGCCUGUGAAAGAGAAGAAAGAAGCAAAGUCAAGUGCGGUGGCGGGCAGGAAUGUUACACGCACAAAGCUCCGUGCGGAGCGUCCUACACAAAGUAACGAAGGCGCCGAAGCACGUCGUCGAGAACACCAAAAGGAGUUGGCUCAAAAGAAGACUAAGGAGGGUCUUGACCGGUUUACCGGAACCACAGGAGAUGAUAACGGUGUGGCUCAAAAGAAGUUCAAACGUUUCGAGUCCUACAAGCGAGACAAUCAGCUGCCCGCCAAGGUCAAAGACCUCACAGUCUAUGUCGACCACAAAGCAUCAACUAUAAUUGUGCCCAUCAUGGGCAGACCGGUGCCGUUCCAUAUCAAUACUAUCAAAAAUGCCAGCAAGAGUGAUGAAGGUGAAUAUGCUUACCUGCGUAUUAACUUCCUCUCGCCUGGACAGGGAGUCGGUAGAAAGGAUGACCAGCCGUUUGAGGAUCCUAAUGCCCACUUCGUUCGAAACCUAACACUGCGGUCAAAACACAAUGAUCGGUUUGCCCAGGUGGCGCAGGACAUCACCGAACUCCGAAAGAAUGCUCUACGUCGGGAGCAGGAGAAGAAGGAAAUGGAAGACGUGGUCGAGCAAGAUAAACUUGUGGAAAUCCGAAAUCGUCGACCUGUGAAGCUGCCUGAUGUGUAUCUUCGGCCCCCACUGGACGGCAAGCGAGUUCCAGGUGAGGUGGAAAUCCAUCAGAACGGUCUUCGGUAUCUAUCACCUUUCCGAAACGAACAUGUCGAUGUUCUUUUCAGCAAUGUCAAGCAUCUGUUCUUCCAACCAUGUGCUCAUGAGUUGAUUGUCCUCAUUCAUGUGCACUUGAAGACCCCGAUCAUGAUCGGAAAGAGAAAGACCAGAGAUGUCCAAUUCUACCGUGAAGCUACAGAGAUGCAAUUCGAUGAGACCGGCAACCGUCGACGUAAGCACCGAUUUGGAGAUGAAGAGGAGUUUGAGGCCGAACAGGAGGAAAGACGCCGAAGGGCUGCACUCGAUCGUGAGUUCAAGGCGUUUGCUGAGAAGGUUGCGGAUGCUGGAAAGGACGAGACCGUGGAUGUCGACAUUCCUUUCCGAGAGAUUGGCUUCACUGGUGUUCCUAACCGCUCUAAUGUUUUGAUUCAACCCACCACGGACGCGCUCGUGCAACUCACGGAGCCACCCUUCAUGGUAAUCACUCUCAAUGAGAUUGAAAUUGCUCAUUUGGAGAGAGUACAGUUUGGACUCAAAAACUUCGAUCUCGUCUUCGUUUACAAAGACUUCCAUCGACCUCCCGUCCAUGUCAACACAAUCCCAGUUGAAGCUCUUGAGAGUGUUAAGGAUUGGCUCGAUUCGGUUGACAUUGCAUUUACUGAAGGUCCCUUGAACCUGAACUGGACCACAAUCAUGAAAACCGUCGUCAGCGAUCCAUAUGGCUUUUUCACCGAUGGUGGUUGGUCUUUCUUGGCUGCUGAAUCCGACUCGGAGGGUUCGGAUGAAGAGGAAGAGUCGGCAUUCGAAUUAUCCGAUUCUGAUCUGGCUGCUGCCGAUGAAAGCUCGGAAGAGGAUAGUGAGUUUGAUGAUGAUGCUAGUGCCGAUGCCAGCGAGGAGGACUUCAGUGGCGACGAGGAAAGCGGCGAAGAUUGGGAUGAGCUGGAAAAGAAAGCUAAGCGUCAUGAUAAAGAAGCGAUCGCAGAGGAGGAUGACCGUGGCACCAAGCGCAAGCGUUAG